CCUCUCUCUCACUCUCUCUCGCACAUAGGGCUCAUGGACUUGCUCCUCGAGUUGGCGGACGAGUUUGUGCUGGACAGCCAGUACGCGGCUGUGGCGAAUGCUACCUCUGCAAGCUACCCAUGGCUGGGAGAGCACCUUGUUCGGCAUGCGCUUCUUCGCCAGUCCCUCUCGCUCUACUUUAUCACUGCCAUUGGUGGCCUCAUCACCUACCUGGCGGUGGCCUCCUUCUCGUAUCACUUUAUCUUUGACAAGUCGCUGAUGAAGCACCCCAAGUUCAAGAAGGACCAGAUCAAGCUCGAGAUGCAGCUGGCCAUCCCGUCCAUCUUCUGGAUGUCGCUCAUUACGCUUCCAUUCUUCAUUAUUGACGUUCGUGGUUAUGCCAAGUUCUACCGCAACGUUGAUGACUACGGCUGGGGCUACCUCGUCCUCUCCAUCUUCCUCUUUAUCGCCUUCACCGACUGCUUUGUCUACUGGAUCCACCGUGGCCUCCACACUCCGUUCCUCUACAAGCACGUGCACAAGCCCCACCAUCGCUGGAUCGUCUCCAGUCCGUUUGCUUCGCACGCCUUCCACCCGCUCGACGGCGUGGCACAGUCGCUUCCCUACCACUUCUUCCCGCUCAUCUUCCCCAUGCACGCUGUGCUGUGGAUCGUCGCCUUUACGUGCGUCAACAUCUGGACGAUCUGCAUCCACGAGGGCCUGCCCAUGCCCAAGUGGUGGUUCCUCAACUCGACGGCCCACCACACGUUCCACCACUCCAAGUUCCUCGUCAACCACGGGCAGUACACCACGUUCUGGGACCGCAUCGGCGGCACGUACAUGAACCCGCACGCCGACGACGACAAGCCGGCCAAGGCCGAGUAAACCGCACCCAUGUACACA